AUGGCGCCCUUCCUUCCUCCGCAAUCCGCCUCGAGACCCCUGCCCGAUUUCCUGCCAAGCUCCCCACCCGACCAAGCAAUCUUCAACAACCUUCCGCAACAAACAAGCUCUACCCAAAACGGCAAUGGUGAUAGCAUACAGCAUCGGCAGUCUGCAGACUUUAGGGCAAAUGGGGCGGCAGCAUACACGAAUGGCAAUGGCGCUAUGCCCGUUCCAAACGGCCUGCCUCAUCAGAUUCCGAACGGAGGCUCACGACAUAGAGGUACAAUGAGUCUGGGAGCAUUUGAUGGUCCACGAAGUCCUCCAAACACUAAAAAUACUUCACAUGUCCCUUGCAAAUUCUUCAGAACAGGACAGUGCCAAGCUGGGAAAGCCUGCCCCUUCUCACACUCGACUGACCUCACAACCGCCGAUACGCCUUGUAAAUACUUUGCCAAGGGCAACUGCAAGUUCGGGGCAAAAUGCGCACUGGCACACAUCCUUCCAAAUGGCAGAAGGGUCAAUCGACCGAACGGACCUGUUGGAGGGCAGCUCAAUCUCGGCGGCCGGCUGGAUCCUCAAUUAUACCAGCAAUCAGAUCCUGCUUUAGCACACUCACUCCUAGCUCAGCAAGCGAACGGAGCUCCACUACCUUUUGGUCAUCAGAUCCCUUCGUAUGCCGAGAAUGAAUACGCCAUACAACAGAAACUUCACGAUAACGUGCCAAUAAUAGACACGGGCUACACAUCACGCCAUGAUUCUACGUAUGGCUCUCCACGGGACGAUAGUCGGUUACCAAUUUCGCCCGUUGCCCACCUCAGUGCCCUUGACGCGCCCAUGCCAGCCUCUUUCGAUAGUCAGGGGAUUUCCUACAUCGCCAGACACGGCGCCGUUGCGGCGUCUGUCCCUUCCAAAUUUGGCCUCGAAUCGCCUCCUGGAUCACUACCGAAGAAAGUUGUUCAACCUACGGACGCGGUCCGGAACUUACACAGCUCAGUAUAUCCAAGAGAGGCCCGUACAAAGGGUCCAGACCUAGGAUCAUCACCUUUAGGAUCGGGCGAUGAAGGGUUUGGACAGCGCAUUAUGCAUUCUAAAAGAAUAGCCAGACCUGGCAUGAUGUCGGCAAGUCUACCCAGAGGUCGAGGGCAUGUGAGUGAUGACUGGGAUGAUGGCUUUAUCUUUGGUGGAGAAGAGGACUUUCUGCCCACCAGCCUUGACGAUCUACUUACCCCACAAGAAAAGAUGCGAAGGCUAUCGAGAACGGAAAAGGAACCCAAAAACAUACGCGACAGUCCCAGUGGGCUGGGCACCCCGGCCGACUCAUCGAGUAAAGUGGGCUCUCCAGGCACAGGCAGCCCGUCCCGCUACGCAUUCGGACACGUUGGCUCUCCCCUCCGGAACUCCUCUCUUCACACGCUCGCCAGCCCGCCUCUCCGUGCCACGAAAGUCCCGGGUGACACGUCGCCAGCCUUCGCCAGCCCACCUCGCCAAUCCUCCAUGUCCAUGAUAUCCCAGCAACUGGCACGUGCACGGAUCUCGUCUCAAGCAGCAGAGUCGAAUGAGAAUGCCAACCCUAUUACUAAUCACAACAGCAGUCUCCAGCCUGGUUUGACCCGCCACGCUUCCUUAUCCUCCAUUCCCACGAAUCGCGUGCUCUCGUCAUCUAGCGCCGGCGGCACUGGCAGGAUCGAUGAGGAGCAAGGGGAGGGCGUCUUCUCUAUGGAAGAAGAAGAGGACGAUAAUCGGAAACGAUACAGUGGGAACGCGUGGGGCUACAACUCCGGGAAAGCCUCUCCUCGGUUGGGCGCCAUCGGCUCUGGUAGAGGCGGUGGUGCGGAAGGGAAGGAUUACUGGAACGGAAUGGCAUGA